AUGCCAGGAGCUCCGAGAAACUGCUCGAAAACAUACAAGGUUCCCCGACGUCCCUUUGAAAAGGAACGUAUGGAUCAAGAAUUGGUACUAAUCGGGGAAUAUGGUCUUCGAAAUAAGCGUGAAAUUUGGCGAGUAGCAUAUACUCUCUCAAACAUCCGACGUGCAGCACGUGAAUUACUGACUUUGGAAGAUAAAGACCCUCGGCGUCUAUUCGAAGGAAAUGCCCUUAUUAGAAGACUCGUCAGAAUCGGUGUAUUGGAUGAGCACAAGAUGAAACUCGAUUAUGUGUUAGCGUUGAAGAUUGAAGAUUUCUUAGAAAGGCGAUUACAGACUCAAGUGUUUAAGUUAGGAUUAGCAAAAUCUAUUCAUCAUGCCCGUGUCUUGAUUAGACAGCGUCAUAUUCGUGUCGGGAAGCAAAUAGUCGAUGUUCCAAGUGGUGGACGUCCAGGUCGUGUUAAGAGAAAACGUCAACGACAACCCGCUAAAGGUGACGAAGAGGAGGAGGACGACGAAUAA